CGAUUCAUCGGGCAAGAUGCCUGGAAAUCUGUUCAUUGGCUCGGUGUCGGAGCUGGGAUCCUUCGACGAGUGCAUCGACACUGUGGUGAGGGAUGAGUCGGGAAACGAGCAAAUCAGAGCCCAGUACUGCAGCCUCUACUUUCGUCCUGAAAGCGACAUCUCAGUCAUCCAGCUGUUCAAGCCGGCCUUGCUAAUGACGCAUCCAAAGGCUGAAAACUUGGUGAAGUUCCUGAAAGACCCACGUGUUCCGGGUUUUCGUAUGGCUCUCUGUAUCAUCUCUGACUGCAGCCAAGAGGACCUGGAAGCCGUCGGUACUGCACUUGUAGGCGACGUGGCACCAGUAUACGUGAGGUACUGCACGACAGGUGUUGCGCCGGAGAUCACCACGACCAACAUAGCAGUCAUUGCUAUCCUGAGCGGCAUUCUUGUGCUAAUGGUGGUUGGUACAUUGACGGAUGUCUACGCAUCGGAGCAGACCAAGAAGACAGUGGCUGCGCGCGUGCUGCGGAGCUUCUCGGUGCCUGCAAACCUGAGGAUGCUGACGACGGCGACCAAGAAAACGUCGGACUCGUACAGUCACCGCUUCAUGCACGGAAUGCGUGCUGUGAGCAUCUUCCACGUCGUUUUCGGCCACGCCACCUGUGAAUACUCGUUUGCCAGCGGUGGCAUGGCGUACAUGCUGUCCUACUUGGACCGGUACGACUCACCCUUGGUGGCAGCUGGCUUCGUGUCUGUGGACACUUUCUUCUUCAUGAGCGGCUACUUGUUCUUCUACAUCAUUAGCGGCGUCAAAAAUGCGCGAAGCGCGAAGGCAGUCUUCGUCAUCAUUUUUCGUCGGUGGUACAGGCUCCUGCUGCCUGUUCUCCUCAUGGGGUGCGGAUUCUCGCUUCUGCCACUUUUCGUCAUGGGGCCAACGACCGCCAUGGUGUACGACAAGUUCGACUAUGACGUGAGAAAUCACUGGUGGACCGUCGCAUUAAAUAUGCGCAACCUGUACCGCGAGGUUACAUACGGUCUGAAUGCUCACUUAUGGUUCAUCUCGGCGGAUUUCCAGCUCUUCCUUGUGGCCCUGGUAUUCUACCAGAUUACGCAGCGGAAACGUGUGAUAAUCGCUGCCUUCACUCUGAUAUCACUGGCAUGCUGUUGCUUCACGGCAUGGCAGGUGUACGGGACCAAGUACCAGCCAGUCAUCGUAAUGCUGACAGAGAACUUCGACGACUACUUGGAUAACCUUACUGACGUUUACAUGCUUCCUACAUACCACGCUGCGUGCUACUUUGGGGGCUGCAUGGCCUUCUACGCUGUCGAGCGCUACAAGAACACGAAGAUUUCAAAGGGCGUGGAGGUGGCUCUGUGGGCGGUCGCUUUCGGUCUCGGCGCAGCAUGCGUGUUCUACCGAUUGGACUGGACGCGCGGCACCCAACACGGGAAUCUGGCCAAGGUGUCGCUGGCCUUUUGGGACCGCAUCCUCUGGGCCACUGCACUUUCAGCACUCACAUUCCUCUGCGCAACAGGAAGGGGCGGUUUAGUACAGAAGGUACUGUCGGCAGCUCCUCUGGCAGUGCUGAGCAGAUUGUCCUUCGGCGUGUACAUCACUCACUUUCCCUUCUACUUCCUGUCGAACAACGCCAUGCGAACGAAGAGAUAUAUGAGCGUCUUCUCAUGGUUUUCGGAGAGCUUGUCAGUGUACGCGUGGAGCUGCAUAUUUGCGGUGACCCUGUUUCUGGCAUGCGAGGCGCCCCUCGGUCGCCUGGACAAGAUCAUCUGGGGGACCCCACAGUUGAAGAAGCAAGAGCCCCAGAUGAACGGCGCCUGCGACCCGGAGGUCGCCCCACACCAAGACGAAGUAUCCAAGUAGCCGACUGGCUAUUAGGUUGUACAUUUCAAAGUAA